UACAUAUACAUAUCUCAAAACUUAAAAUGGGCUUUCAAACACUUCAUCACUGCUACUUUGAAUACUCAUCAUGCAUCACCUAUAUAACAUAAUUCUUCAACUACACCUACCUAAGAAUUUGGCAAACUACUCUUUUUCCAUGCCAAAUCCUCUAUUCUAAUCUCUUCAUUAUUUGUGUUUUUUCACAUGCAUGUACGGUGUAACAAUACGUGUAUAUGAUUAAUACCAAUAUUUUAUACGCUUGUCUUGUCGAUAUUUCUUGCAAACUAAUAAAUACAUACCAAAUUCCCUUCUUUGUUUAAAUUGUAUAUUACAUAUAUUUACAUCUUCUGAUUUCCAAGAGAUCAAUAGCUUCACCUCUUUCUCAGCAUUUCACAACAAAACCUGAGCUCCCUUCCCAUCAAAAUGAAUGCAGCUUUUUCUUCUGCUGCUGUUAAUCCUAACUCCACACCAACCAACUCUGUGUUCUUGCCACACAAGUACAGCAAAACUAGUGCAAGAGCUGAAGCAGGCAUAUCUGUUCCCAGGAAAAGGAGAGACUUCUCCCAGACACAACUAUCAGUUCAUGGCAUUCCUUGCACUCAUCUGUUGGUACACGAAAUCGUCCAGAGACAGUCACAGAAAAAUAACUCAUCGACCUCGCUGGAUGCUUGUCCCAACCCUAGUUCCCAUCCUAUGUUUCUUGAAGAAGCAUAUGAGAGAUGCAAGGACAUAUGUGCUGAAAAUGCAAAGACAUUCUACCUAGGAACACAAUUGAUGACUGAGGAGAGAAAGAAAGCAAUAUGGGCUAUUUAUGUGUGGUGCAGGAGGACAGAUGAAUUGGUCGAUGGCCCAAACGCAGUCCACCUUACCUCAGCAGUUCUCGAUAGAUGGGAAGAGAGACUAGAGAAUAUAUUUAACGGGCGCCCCUAUGACAUGCUUGAUGCUACACUUGCUGAUACUGUUCACAAAUUCCCCUUGGAUAUAAAGCCAUUCAAGGACAUGAUAGAGGGUAUGAGGAUGGACACUAGAAAGAAUCGGUAUGCUAAUUUUCAAGAGCUCUACUUAUACUGCUACUAUGUGGCUGGAACAGUUGGCCUAAUGAGUGUUCCAGUGAUGGGGAUUGCACCAGAAUCAUCACUUUCAGCUCAAACCAUCUACAACGCAGCGCUCUAUUUGGGAAUCGGCAAUCAGCUAACAAACAUUCUACGCGACGUUGGAGAAGACGCAUCAAGAGGGAGAGUUUAUCUUCCACAAGAUGAACUGGAGAAAUUUGGGUUGUGCGAUAAGGAUGUGUUCUCGAGGAAAGUCACAGAGGGGUGGAGAGAAUUCAUGAAAGAGCAGAUCAGAAGGGCACGGUUCUUUUUUGACCUAGCUGAGGAGGGGGCUAAUCAGCUCCACAAGGCUAGCCGUUGGCCGGUUUGGUCGUCAUUGAUGCUAUACCGAAUGAUCCUCGACUCAAUCGAAAAAAAUGACUACGACAACUUGACGAAACGUGCAUAUGUGGGGAGAACCAAGAAACUGAUGGCAUUGCCUGUAGCAUACGCUAAAGCCCUAUCAAGUCCCAGAACAACUCCCCCAUGGCAAUCUUGUUGAGAAAAACUCAGUUGGAAAUCACCAAACACUGGUUUUCAGUUUGUGGCCCUGCAAAGUCCCAUAGUUUAUCUCAUUGAAUUUAAACCACAUCCAUGUUUGUCAAGUGAUCCGCAAUGAAUAAUUUACACAAGCCAUCACCGGACUAAGCUCAGAUAAUCAUGAAAUGUCUCAAGAUCAAUCUAUCCUAUUGUUGAAGCAUAAAACA